CACUUAGAUUGACCUACUCAGGAGAGGAAUUGACAGGUUUCUCAGAUUACUUACAUGGCUUGGAGUUAAAAAAUGCAUCUUCGUGCUUUACUUAAAUGGAUUUGUAGCUAGGUUUUCAGUUUCUUUGCCUCUUGAACUUGUAUUACUGUAUUUUUAAAGUGAUUAAUAUAUCUGAGUGGGGAAAUGGAACUAAAGCUAUCCUCAGGUUUAUAGAGGAUAUGGGGGUGAUUGUUAGUCUUUCGGACUCUGUGAACAAGCAUUGUUUAUUCAUGAAUAAGAUGUUGAUUUGUGAGGUUUUUGUUUUUUUGUUUUUUGUUUUUUUUGUUUUUUGACAGCAAUUAACUGUUUUCUGGAAAUAGGGAACUGAUGUGCUUUAGGGAUGCAUUUACAUUAUCACUUAACAUCCUGAAGUAACCAGAAGAUAGUUUGCAGUAUAUAGAGUGGUAUGACAGCCACUUUAAAGUGCUUUUAAAAUAUUUAAGUGACCAAAGACUUGACCACUCAAAGUCCAGCUCCCUGUAACUGCUAGACAUGGACACCGGUGUGAUUGAAGGUGGAUUAAAUGUCACUCUCACCAUCAGGCUACUUAUGCACGGAAAGGAAGUUGGCAGUAUCAUCGGAAAGAAAGGAGAAUCUGUUAAGAAGAUGCGCGAGGAGAGUGGUGCACGUAUCAACAUCUCAGAAGGGAAUUGUCCUGAGAGAAUUAUAACUUUGGCUGGACCGACUAAUGCCAUCUUCAAAGCCUUUGCUAUGAUCAUUGACAAACUGGAAGAGGACAUAAGCAGCUCUAUGACCAAUAGCACAGCUGCCAGUAGACCCCCGGUUACCUUACGGCUGGUGGUUCCUGCUAGUCAGUGUGGCUCUCUUAUUGGAAAAGGUGGUUGCAAGAUCAAGGAAAUAAGAGAGAGUACAGGGGCUCAGGUCCAGGUGGCAGGGGAUAUGCUCCCCAACUCAACUGAGCGAGCAAUCACUAUUGCUGGCAUUCCGCAGUCCAUCAUUGAGUGUGUCAAACAGAUCUGCGUGGUCAUGUUGGAGACUCUCUCCCAGUCCCCCCCGAAGGGCGUGACCAUCCCGUACCGGCCCAAGCCCUCCAGUUCUCCAGUCAUCUUUGCAGGUGGUCAGGACAGGUACAGCACAGGCAGCGACAGUGCGAGCUUUCCCCACACCACCCCGUCCAUGUGCCUCAACCCUGACCUGGAGGGACCACCUCUAGAGGCCUAUACCAUUCAAGGACAGUAUGCCAUUCCACAGCCAGAUUUGACCAAGCUGCACCAGUUGGCAAUGCAACAGUCUCAUUUUCCCAUGACCCAUGGCAACACCGGAUUCAGUGGCAUUGAAUCCAGCUCUCCAGAGGUGAAAGGCUAUUGGGCAGGUUUGGAUGCAUCUGCUCAAACUACUUCUCAUGAACUCACCAUUCCAAAUGAUUUGAUUGGCUGCAUAAUUGGGCGUCAGGGCGCCAAAAUCAAUGAGAUCCGUCAGAUGUCUGGGGCGCAGAUCAAAAUUGCAAACCCAGUGGAAGGAUCUACUGAUCGGCAGGUUACCAUCACUGGAUCUGCUGCCAGCAUUAGUCUGGCUCAGUAUCUAAUCAAUGUCAGUUUAGAAAACGCUAAACCCUCCUCCCAGGCAGCCUCCGUCACGAUCCCUGAUCACCUCAGCAUCAACCUCUCUCAACCCUCCACCCCUUCUUCUUCUUCUUCCUCCUCCACCACCACCCCCUCGCUCGCCACAGCGGGGACUUCCGACGCACCCUCCAGCCUCCCCAACCCUCUUCCGACCGCCCCUUGUGUCUCCAGUCUGCUUGGCAUGAAACCCAUCCCUCUCCUGGCUCUAAAUGUUGUGUCUGCUGCUAAGGGUACCGGGGCUUCAGCCACCACCACCACCACCUCUACUGUGCCAUGUGUAACUAACAAACUGAAAGGCGAGAAGCAGAGAUUCUCUCCCUACUGAGUGCUUAUCUUGGCAUUGCCUCAAGUGUUGGUUUAUUUUGUUUUUCUUUGUUAAUAUUGGUGAGAACCAAACUAUUGUGAGCUUGUGACCAUUUUCUUUUUACUACUUUGGGGGAUAACUGGGUGGGGUGGGCACAGGGGUGACACUUGUUAGGUUUAGGUCUUCACAGCUCAGUGCCUGCUUCAGAGUCUGACUUGUUGAUGGAACUCUUUAUCUAGAGCCACAGUUCUUACUCUAAUUCUGUUACACUUUUUUGUAGCUUUAUUCUGCCUUGCAAUAUAAACAAUGUGUUAGGCUCUGUGUUGAUGAAUAAAAGCUUCUCCCUUAAUCCUUCCUUUUUUUACUUUAAAUCAUUUAAUGGUUAAAGCUGUCAGCUGGCCUUCUUGGUCAAAUCUGUGUUUCUAGUUAUAAUAAAGUUGCCACAGUAAGAA